UACAAUCAAUUGUUGCCUAUUCAGGUGAAUAGAACGGAGGAGUGUGAGAAGUAUGUCUAAGUGGUCUCGUCUCUGCCGAGUCGGGUUGUGGCUGUUUAUACGUGACAAAUCUGUUUAAUUUGCUUGGUUUUACGAGGAGAGCCGUUCAUUCUAAGCAGUUCCCCGCCAAGAAGACAUCGUCGUGUGGAAUAACCAACUACAGAACUAAGUUUCCACGUUUAAAUAGUGCGCGUAACCGUUGAUUUUCAUUGACAUAAAGCAGCUGCGAUGGCGAAAGGAAAGGCAGUAAUUUGUUUGAUGGUCCUGCGGAUAUGCCUGUUAGGAGCAAAUAAUGUACAAUCAGUUUCAGGGCGUCUUUCCCCGGAGAUGCGAGUCCCUGGCGAAGCGUGUUCCUUCAAUCUCAGCCCAGAGGCCACCUCUAUUCGUGUCUACUGGACACCACCAUGCACCACCAAUAUCAGGGUCAAAGGCUAUGUGAUCGGCUACGGCGUCAGGAUUGCUGAUGUCAUCAAGAAGACGAUUAGUAAGAAAGCAAGGGAGUAUCAUAUACGCCAUCUUGAGCCAAACACACAAUACGUCAUCAGUAUCAGAGCAUACAGCAAAUUCGGCGAUGGUCCACCUCUCUACAAGGAAGUUCACACAUUGGAGGAGAAUAGCUCCAAUCGAAUGCAAGGCUUGACCUUUUUAAUGAUGCCUCCGAUUGGAGUGAGAGCAGUUAUAACUGGGCCUCACACAGCCACCCUGAUUUGGAUGGAUCCAAUGCUAGGCCGAGACCAGGUCCGAACUGAUGAGAGGGUCUACAUGGUCCGCUACAGAGAAACUGGCGACAUGAAAUUCAAGACGCAACAGACACCGAAAGAUGGCGCGGUAGUCGCCGGUCUGAUGGCGGACACAAAUUAUGAAUUUGAGGUGAAAACGGUCAAAGGAGCGCAGGAAAGUGCUUGGAGCUUGAGAGUUGUGAACAAGACAUUCGGAGCAGUUCCCGGUGACUUCCCGCACGACCUGACCGUAAUCCCUGUGCCAGACGACCCGUCGCAGGUUAUAGUCACGUGGCAGCCUCCUAGAUUACCCAACGGUUACAUCGAAAGUUACAUAAUCUACUACACAGCGGACGCCUCUUCUCCUCUGAGCCAUUGGUCGUUGCUAGGGUCAUCAGGGGACAGACUCACAGGCCGAGUUCUGCAACUGACGCCCAAUACAAUGUACCAAUUCAAAGCGCAGGUCAGAAAUGUAUGGGGAUUUGGACCUGUUUCCCCGGCAGUUGCCUAUAAAACUACACCAGCUCUUGACAUCCCAGUGAACAUCAAGACCACAUCACUGACGCCCAACGCCAUAUUACUCACGUGGCAGUACCCGCCCCAUAACGUCCGGACGACAUCUUACCACGCACAGUGCCUGGUACAAGAACUAGGCUUGAUUCGGAUAAUCGAAACAAACAAAAUGUACGCCCUGUUUGAAAACUUAGUGACUGAUGAGGAGUACGAGUGUGUCGUCAACAUGGUGGAUGGCAGCACAGUCGGAAGGCGGAGCGCGGCGGUUCAUGGUACAGCCAGGGGGUUCUGACGCCAAGAUGGCCGCCAAGAUGGCCGCCAAGAUGGCGAUUGGGGCCACCGGGGAGUGAUCGUGAAGCUUGUUUAUCCUUAGG